AGACAGUCGAUAUCAGUCACCGAGAUAGACUGCUCCUAGUAUAUAUCACAGAGACAGUCCAUAUCAGUCACCGAGAUAGACUGCUCCUAGUAUAUAUCACAGAGACAGUCCCUAUCAGUCACCGAGAUAGACUGCUCCUAGUAUAUAUCACAGAGACAGUCUAUAUCAGUCACCGAGAUAGACUGCUCCUAGUAUAUAUCACAGAGACAGUCCCUAUCAGUCACCGAGAUAGACUGCUCCUAGUAUAUAUCACAGAGACAGUCCAUAUCAGUCACCGAGAUAGACUGCUCCUAGUAUAUAUCACAGAGACAGUUCCUAUCAGUCACCGAGAUAGACUGCUCCUAGUAUAUAUCACAGAGACAGUCGCUAUCAGUCACCGAGAUAGACUGCUCCUAGUAUAUAUCACAGAGACAGUCCCUAUCAGUCACCGAGAUAGACUGCUCCUAGUAUAUAUCACAGAGACAGUCGCUAUCAGUCACCGAGAUAGACUGCUCCUAGUAUAUAUCACAGAGACAGUCCCUAUCAGUCACCGAGAUAGACUGCUCCUAGUAUAUAUCACAGAGACAGUCCCUAUCAGACACCGAGAUAGACUGCUCCUAGUAUAUAUCACAGAGACAGUCCCUAUGAGUCACCGAGAUAGACUGCUCCUAGUAUAUAUCACAGAGACAGUCCCUAUCAGUCACCGAGAUAGACUGCUCCUAGUAUAUAUCACAGAGACAGUCCCUAUCAGUCAUCGAGAUAGACUGCUCCUAGUAUAUAUCACAGAGACAGUCCCUAUCAGUCACCGAGAUAGACUGCUCCUAGUAUAUAUCACAGAGACAGUCCCUAUCAGACACCGAGAUAGACUGCUCCUAGUAUAUAUCACAGAGACAGUCCCUAUCAGUCACCGAGAUAGACUGCUCCUAGUAUAUAUCACAGAGACAGUCCCUAUCAGUCACCGAGAUAGACUGCUCCUAGUAUAUAUCACAGAGACAGUCCCUAUCAGUCACCGAGAUAGACUGCUCCUAGUAUAUAUCACAGAGACAGUCCCUAUCAGACACCGAGAUAGACUGCUCCUAGUAUAUAUCACAGAGACAGUCCCUAUCAGUCACCGAGAUAGACUGCUCCUAGUAUAUAUCACAGAGACAGUCCCUAUCAGUCACCGAGAUAGACUGCUCCUAGUAUAUAUCACAGAGACAGUCCCUAUCAGUCACCGAGAUAGACUGCUCCUAGUAUAUAUCACAGAGACAGUCCCUAUCAGACACCGAGAUAGACUGCUCCUAGUAUAUAUCACAGAGACAGUCCCUAUCAGACACCGAGAUAGACUGCUCCUAGUAUAUAUCACAGAGACAGUCCCUAUCAGUCACCGAGAUAGACUGCUCCUAGUAUAUAUCACAGAGACAGUCCCUAUCAGUCACCGAGAUAGACUGCUCCUAGUAUAUAUCACAGAGACAGUCCCUAUCAGUCACCGAGAUAGACUGCUCCUAGUAUAUAUCACAGAGACAGUCCCUAUCAGUCACCGAGAUAGACUGCUCCUAGUAUAUAUCACAGAGACAGUCCCUAUCAGUCACCGAGAUAGACUGCUCCUAGUAUAUAUCACAGAGACAGUCCCUAUCAGUCACCGAGAUAGACUGCUCCUAGUAUAUAUCACCGAGACAGUCCCUAUCAGUCACCAAGACUCAAAAUAG